AUGAGCCAGCUCGACACCAACGCCCCGGCGAGCGGCCUCAGCACCCCCGACGCCCUCUCGACGACCAACAGCGGCAUCCGCAGCGACCAGGAUCACUCGUCGGUGCAGAUGCAGGAGACGACUACCGCAGACAAGGAAGGUCAGGUCGACGUGCAGCAGGCAGAGAGGCAGUUCUCCAACCUUCAGCAGACCCUCAGCCGUCACAGCCGCGUCCGCAGCGACAAGGGCGAUGGCGAAAAGGACCUCGAGUCCGGCGAGCUCGACGAUGAAGACGAGUUCGACCUGGUCCAGUACCUACGCUCUGUCCAGUCGGAAAACAGCCAGGCGGGCAUCAAGGCUAAGCACAUUGGCGUCUCCUGGCAGGACCUCGAGGUGCUGGGCAACAACAGCAUGUCGCUCCACAUCCGCACCUUCCCGGACGCCAUCAUCGAGACGUUCAUCGGCCCGCUGUUCAAGAUCUACAUGAAGAUCAAGAAGCCCGAGAUGCGCAAGCUCCUCCAGGGCUUCACCGGCUGCGCCCGGCCCGGCCAGAUGACGCUCGUCCUGGGCCGCCCCGGUUCGGGAUGCUCGACGUUCCUCAAGACGGUGGCCAACCAGCGCGCCGGCUUCCUGGGCGUCAACGGAGAGGUGCGCUACGCCGGCAUCGACGCCGCCGAGUUCCGCAAGCGCUACCAGGGCGAGGCCGUCUACAACGAGGAGGACGACGUGCACUUUGCCACGCUCACCGUCAAGCAGACGCUCGACUUUGCUCUGUCGCUCAAGACGCCCGGCCAGAUGGUGCCCGGCCAGACCAAGAGCCAGCUCAACAAGGACGUGCUCAACAUGAUGCUCAAGAUGCUCGGCAUCCCGCACACGGCCGACACCCUCGUCGGCAGCGCCACGGUGCGCGGUGUCUCGGGCGGCGAGCGCAAGCGCGUCUCGAUUGCCGAGGGCAUGUGCUCGCGCGCCGCCGUGCUCAGCUGGGACAACUCGACGCGCGGCCUCGACGCCUCGACGGCGCUCGACUACGCCAAGAGCAUGCGCAUCAUGACCGACAUCUUCCAGCUGACUUCGUUCAUCUCGCUCUACCAGGCGGGCGAGGGCAUCUACGAGCAGUUUGACCGCGUCCUCCUCAUCGAUGAGGGCCGCUGCGUCUACUACGGCCCGCCGGAAAAGGCGCGCCAGUACUUCCUCGACCUCGGCUUCAAAAACUACCCGCGCCAGACGACGGCCGACUUCCUCUCGGGCUGCACCGACCCCAACCUCGACCGCUUCGCCGAGGGCCGCGACGCCUCCAACGUCCCCUCGACGUCCGAGGCGCUCGAAAAGGUCUACAAGGAGUCGUCCAUCUACCGCGACAUCCUCGCCGAGAAGCAGGCCUUUGACGCCGAGACGGCCGCCGACAACCGCGCCGCCGAAGAGUUCCGCCAGGCCGUCCGCGACGACAAGCACAAGGGCGUCUCCAAGAAGAGCAUCUACACGGUCUCCUUCUUCCGCCAGGUCCAGUCGCUCACCCUCCGCCAGAUCCAGAUGGUGCUCGGCAACAAGUUUGACAUCUUUAUGUCGUUUGCCACCGCCAUCGCCAUCGCCAUCAUCGCCGGCUCCGUCUUCCUCAACCUGCCCCAGACCGCCGCCGGCGGCUUCACCCGCGGCGGUGUCCUCUUCAUCGGCCUCCUCUUCAACGCGCUGACGGCCUUCAACGAGCUGCCGAUGCAGAUGGGCGGCCGCCCGAUCCUGUACAAGCAGAUGAACUACGCCUUCUACCGCCCCGCCGCCCUCUCGCUGGCCCAGAUGCUCUCCGACAUCCCGCUCUCGUUCCUGCGCGUCCUCAUCUUCAGCAUCAUCAUCUACUUUAUGGCCGGCCUCCGCCGCACCGCGGGCGCCUUUUUCACCUUCUUCAUCAUCGUCUACGUCACCUACCUCGCCAUGAGCGCCCUCUUCCGCAUCUUUGGCACCGUCUGCCGCGACUACAACGUGGCGGCGCGGCUGGCGGCCAUCAUCAUCUCGGCCCUCGUCGUCUUUGCCGGAUACGUCAUCCCGCGCGACGGCAUGUACCGCUGGCUCUUCUGGAUCACCUACAUCAACCCGCUCUACUUUGGCUUCAGCGCCGUCAUGAUCAACGAGUUCAAGGACCUCAGCCUGGCGUGCGUCGGCCCCUACAUCACGCCGCGCAACCCGCCGGGCCAGAACGUCUACCCCAACGACGUCGGCCCCAACCAGGUCUGCACGCUCCUCGGCUCGUCGCCCGGACAGCAGUUUGUCCCCGGAUCGGCCUACCUCCAGGCCAGCUUCGGCUACACGACCGACAAGCUCUGGCUCUACUUUGGCGUCGUCGUCAUCUUCUUUGUCGGCCUCGUCGCCCUCACCCUCGUCGCCAUCGAGCUCUUCCAGCACGGCCGCUUCGCCAGCGCCCUCACCAUCGUCAAGAAGCCCAACAAGGAGGAGCAGAGGCUCAACGACCGCCUCAAGGAGCGCUCGACGAUGAAGGAGAAGGACGCCAGCAAGCAGAUCGACGUCGAGUCCAAGCCCUUCACCUGGGAAAAGAUCGCCUACACGGUGCCCGUCAAGGGCGGCAAGCGCAAGCUCCUCGACGACGUCUACGGCUACUGCAAGCCGGGCACCCUGACGGCCCUCAUGGGCGCCUCGGGCGCCGGCAAGACGACGCUCCUCGACGUGCUGGCCGACCGCAAGAGCAUCGGCGUCAUCACCGGCGACCGCCUCAUCAACGCGCAGCCCAUCGGCGUCGAGUUCCAGCGCGGCUGCGGCUACGCUGAGCAGCAGGACAUCCACGAGGCCACCGCCACCGUCCGCGAGGCGCUCCGCUUCAGCGCCUACCUGCGCCAGCCGGCUUCGGUGCCCAAGGCCGACAAGGACGCCUACGUCGAGGACAUCAUCGAGCUCCUCGAGAUGGCCCCCAUCGCCGACGCCAUGAUCGGUUACCCGGAAUUUGGCCUCGGCGUCGGAGACCGCAAGCGCGUCACGAUCGGCGUCGAGCUGGCGGCGCGCCCGGACCUGCUCCUCUUCCUCGACGAGCCCACGUCGGGCCUCGACGGACAGACGGCGUACAACGUCGUCCGCUUCCUCAAGAAGCUCGCCGCCUCGGGCCAGGCCAUCCUCUGCACCAUCCACCAGCCCAACGCGCUCCUCUUCGAGAACUUUGACCGCCUGCUGCUCCUCGAGCGCGGCGGACGCACCGUCUACUUUGGCCCCGUCGGCCAGAACGCCGAGCACAUUGUCAAGUACUUUGCCGACAACGGCGCCCACUGUCCGCCCUCGGUCAACAUGGCCGAGUACAUGCUCGACGCCAUCGGAGCCGGCUCGACGAAGCGCGUCGGCCCGCGCGACUGGGCCGACAUCUACCUCGACAGCGACCUCUUCCAGGAGAACCUGGCCGAGAUUGCGCGCAUCAAGGACGAGUGCGCGCGCUCCGGCAACGCCGGCGACGUCCAGGGCGGCAAGGCGUCCGAGUACGCCACGUCGUACAUGACGCAGCUGCGCGUCGUCCUCGAGCGCACCCUGAUCAGCACCUGGAGGCAGCCCGACUACCAGUUCACCCGCCUCUUCCAGCACGCCGCCAUCGCCCUCAUCACGGGCCUCUGCUUCCUCAACCUCAGCAACACGGUCGCCUCGCUCCAGUACCGCGUGUUCGGCAUCUUUAUGGCCUGCGUCCUGCCCGCCAUCAUCCUCGCCCAGAUCGAGCCCUUCUACAUCAUGGCCCGCUCCGUCUACAUCCGCGAGGACUCGAGCAAGAUGUACAGCGGCACCGUCUUCGCCAUCACCCAGCUCAUCUCCGAGAUCCCCUUUGGCAUCGCCUGCGUCGUCGUCUACUUUGUCCUCUUCUACUACCCGGCCGGCUUCCAGACGGGCUCCGACCGCGCCGGCUACUUCUUCGCCAUGCUCCUCUGCACCGAGCUCUUCGCCGUCACCCUGGGCCAGGCCAUCGCCGCCGUGUCGCCGUCGAUCUACAUCGCGUCGCUGGCCAACCCCUUCUUCAUCAUCAUCACCACCCUCUUCUGCGGCGUCACCAUCCCCUACCCCAACAUGCCCCACUUCUGGAAGAGCUGGAUGUACUGGGUCAACCCGCUCACCUACCUCGUCGGCGGCCUCGUCGGAAACGAGCUCCAGGACCUCCGCAUCCAGUGCGCACCCAACGAGUUCGCCACCUUCCAGCCCCCCUCUGGCCAGUCGUGCGUCCAGUGGGCAGGCCAGUUCCUCGACGCCUACGGCGGCUACCUCCAAGAUCCCAACGCCACCGCCGACUGCAGGUACUGCCAGUACUCGUACGGCCAGGAUUUCGCAAACGGCGUCAACAUUUUCGCCUCCGACAAGGGGCGAGACAUCGGCGUGUUCAUCGCCUUUGUGAUUUUCAAUGCCGCGUUCACGGUUAUGGCUUCCAAGUUCCUUCGCUUUGCCAAUCGCUGA